UUUACUGCUUUCGCUUCUACUUCUGCUUCUCCUUGCGUAGUUUGUACGCUGACACCCAAUCAACACAAUGGGCGGUCAGUCACCGGCAGACCAGCACCCCAGGAAGGCUUUCGGAUGGGCGGCCACAGACACUUCUGGCGUUCUCUCUCCCUUCAAUUUCUCCCGAAGGGCAACUGGAGACAAGGACGUCGCUUUCAAGGUUCUGUAUUGUGGGAUUUGCCACUCUGAUCUUCACAUGGUGAAAAAUGAAUGGGGCAUAACAGUAUACCCUAUCAUACCUGGACAUGAGAUUGUUGGUGAAGUGACAGAGGUGGGAAGCAAGGUAACAAAGUUUAAAGUUGGAGACAGAGUGGGAGUGGGGUGCAUGGUUGGUUCAUGCCGCUCCUGUGACAGCUGCAAUAACAAUCUUGAGAAUUAUUGCCCAAAAACGAUACUUACAUAUGGUGCCAAGUACUUUGAUGGGACCAUGACAUAUGGAGGUUACUCUGAUAUCAUGGUUGCGGAUGAGCACUUUAUAGUCCGUAUUCCAGAUAGCCUGCCAGUUGAUGCUGCUGCUCCACUUCUCUGUGCUGGGAUUACUGUGUAUAGUCCAUUGAGAUACUUUGAACUUGAUAAGCCUGGUUUGCAUGUAGGUGUGGUUGGCCUAGGUGGGCUAGGGCAUGUAGCGGUGAGAUUUGCCAAGGCUAUGGGGACAAAGGUGACAGUGAUUAGCACCUCCCCUAACAAGAAAAAGGAAGCUAUUGAAAACCUUGGUGCUGAUGCAUUUUUGGUCAGCAUUGACCAGAAUGAGCUGCAGGCUGCAAUGGGAACCAUGGACGGUAUUAUAGACACUGUAUCUGCACAACACCCUCUGCUUCCAUUGAUUGGUCUCUUGAAGUCUCAUGGAAAGCUUGUGUUGCUUGGUGCUCUGCCAAAGCCACUUGAACUACCAAGCUUUCCUUUGCUUCUUGGGAGGAAGAUAGUGGGUGGAAGUAACAUCGGAGGGAUGAAGGAAACCCAAGAGAUGAUAGAUUUUGCUGCAAAACACAACAUUGUUGCAGACAUUGAAGUUAUACCAAUUGACUAUGUGAACACUGCCAUGGAGCGCCUGUCAAGAGCAGAUGUCAAAUACAGAUUCGUCAUUGACAUUGCCAACACAUUGAAAGCCAGCUCUUAAAUUUUACUCCCUAUUAGCUAGUAUGAGCCAUUGUGUGUUUCUGUUCUGCAACUGUGUUCUGUUCUCUUUAGACCGAGUUUGUGAUAUCAAGAAAUGCAGUGUAAUCUAUUGCUAGCCCUGGAAUAUAAGGAUUGUAAUUUGAAAAAACAAGUGAUUGAACUAUGAUAUUAUUCUUGUGCGUGCAUGCAUGCAAGAGUUCAAGUUCAUUCUUGUUUGGUAUUCAGGCCAUACGGUGCACAGGACUCUAUG